AUGGUUUCAGUAGAUCCUGUUGGUCGUACUGCCCUCCAUCUCGCUGCUUGGUUCGGUCAUAAUGAUAUUGUCAAACUCUUAUUAGCUAAAGGCGCCAAACCGGAUGUUAUAGAUAAUGCCGGUCGUACAGCUCUCCAUCUUGCUGCUUGGUUUGGUAAUGUACCAUCACUUCAAGAAUUAAUCUCGAAAGGCGCACCUCUCAACCAUCAAGAUAAGUCAGGAAAUACAGCAUUGCACCUUGCAUGUCAAAAUAACCAUAAGGAUGUAGUUACAAUCUUAUUGAACGCUGGCGCUAAUACAAAACUCAAAAACGCGCUAGGUUUAACAAUUCUUAAUAUCGCGGAGGCGGAUGACAAGCCAGAAAUUCUCGAAAUCCUUCAACAGAAAGAAGGCGAAGAUACAAAGCAUAGAGGCCUCAUUGUUGACAAGAAUAUGCUCCACGAGCAAAGGUCAAUGCAGAGGACACUCGACGAAAUUGCUGUCGCGCAAGAAAAAAGAUCUCAAGAUAUACAUCAGCUCCGUGAAAAGCUGGACCAGCACGGACAGAGACUUAUCCAAAUUAAUACUAUGCAGAAUGAGCUAAAGCAUCAGAUACAAGAGAUGGAAGAUGUUGCUAACCAAAUUGCAGCAAAGAUUUCAGAAUUAAUACCAAAGAAAUCUUCAAGAUUUACAAUGACACAUAUACUAAAGUAA